UGGACCGGUAUUUUUUCAACAAGACGAAUUACGAACAUAUAUAACCAGGUGCCGCCAUGGGACUGUCAGUGGCGGGAGACGGGCCUUCGUAGAUUUUACGCUGCGAAGGACACCGUCGAUUCAGCCAAAGGCAUCGCGAAGACUAUGCUAAUUGACCGGUUACAAAGCUUAAUUGCGGUGCUUAUCACAUUAAUUGGCGUUUUGCUUGCAAAUUCGGCUUCAGAACCUAUAUUACCCACGGAUUGGUCGAACGAAACGCAUCGUCAGAGCAACAACAAAAGUCUGAACAAAAACUCUCAAGACUGGUUAGGCGUAGAAGAGGCGUCGAUAGAAGAAGAGGUAGCCGACCACCAUUGGCUGUCUAGUCGUAAGAGCCAAGAAUAUCUGGUCGCUGUCGGUGGUCAGGAAGACUGUUGUCCGUCACAGAUGGAAAUGAUCGAACCGAACGGCGGAAGCAACCCGGACGGGCUGUACGUUGAGCUUUUCAGUGACGGGGCCGACAAGCAGAGGUUCUACGAGGUGUCGUGCAAGCCGGGCGUCGAGGGCAAGCCCUGCUUGUUCAUGGAGCGCAAGCUGCACGGGCACUCGACGUGCGUGCAGCGGUACUCGUAUUCGUACGCGAUCGUGCGCGAGGAGAACGCCCGGCACCACCACGGCGUCGGCGGCGGCGGCGGACAGUACAACAACAACGGCGGCAAGCAGACGUUCCAGUCGCUGUUCCCGAACGACAACAACGUUUGGAAAUUGGAUUACAUAAAGGUGCGCAGCGGGUGCGCGUGCAUGGUGCAGUCGCCCAAGAAAAAGCAACAAAAGCAGAGGCGGAAGAACGGCGGCGGCGGAGGCGGCGGAGGCGGGCCGGGGGGCACCAGCGGUGGCGGCAAGAGCAGGUCGCAACAGUGAGCGAUGACCAAGACGACGCCGACGACGACAACGACGACAUUACAGGCGGCGGCGGCGGCGGCGGCGGUGAUGACGCCACUGCUCCGUCGAGCACGGUGUGUUCCGCGAGUCCUAUUCAAUAGACGACGACGACCCUUUUUUCGUGUGUCGCCGUCGUGUUCCCUCUUCGCGCGCCUACGCACAAUAAUUAUAAUAAUAAUAUAAUGUAAUAUUACGUAUACGCACGUUAUGAAUUAAAUUUAUUAAAUAUUUUACCUAAUAUUAUUGUCGUGUACGCCGACACGCCUCUCAUCCGUUUCCGACUCGACGACGAUUGUUUUUUUUUUUUCAUCCACCCAUACAUUUUUAGAUAUUAUUUUUGUUUUUCUUUUGUACAAUAUUAUAAAUUGUUAUGAUAUUAUGCAAA